CCUUACUGGUUCACUAAGCAUUAAAUACGGAGAAAAAUACUACUCAUGAGAGUUGUCAUUGUAGUCAUUAACUAUAGAAGCAUGGUGCCUUAGACAUUAAUCAAACUUAUGCGGUUAAGCUCGGCCCUUAAACCUUUGAUCCGAGCUCUAAGUACAACACGAUAAGCCCACAUAUGUUAUCGACCCAUUCAUCGUGCCCAUAACCAAAGCACACGAGCAAUAAAUAGCGAGAAAAUUACUACUCAUGAGGAUUGUUAUUGAAGUCAUAAAGAAUGCCAUAUAAGUAAAUGCUGUGAUUUUAUGUUCCACACCAAGAAAACUCAACUUCUCCAUGACUACAAUAAAUUUUUCAGCUCUAUUGAAAAGGACAUUCAUGAGUCACAUGUCUUUGUUUGAUAUGAAAAAGAUAAAACCCUUCAAAAAACCUCUAUUUUUUUGUGUGGUUUUGUCUCUCACAAUUAUUUCUAGUAAAGCAAACUUCUUUCUCCACUUGUGCUCUCUUUAUCAUUCACCAUUACACAAGAAUAAACUCUCUUAGUCUCUUUACCUUACAUCAGAAAAUUUUCAUGUUUUAUCUGUCAUUUUGCUUCUGAACUUUGGUAUUUUAAUGGAGAAAUCCACCAUUAUUUUAUGUCUUAUUGUGUUUUUCCUUACACUUUCACUCACCCAUGGUGGGCGCCAUCCAGCGGCUAAGGGUGCAGCUAAGGGUAAGCCCAAACCGCGGUCUCGAAUCACUGUCAUUGGCACAGUUUACUGUGACAUUUGCUCCAACAAUACCUUUUCUAGGCACAGUUACUUCCUUCCAGGGGUAGAAGUGAAGUUGGAUUGCAAGCUAAAGGCAAAAGCACCAAGAACAGCAGAAGAAAUCACAUUCUCAGUGAACAGAACAACAAAUCAAUAUGGAUGGUACAAAUUAGAAAUCCCAUCAGUAGAUGGGAUUGAAUGUGCAAGAGGAGCUACUAUUGAAUCAGUUUGCAGGGCUACUUUAUUGGGAAGUUCUUCUAAAUGCAAUAUUCCAGGCUAUCAAAGUACUACUGAUGUAGUUUAUUUUAAGUCUAGCCAACAAAAUAUUUGCAUUUUUGGUUUAAGUGCUUUGAAUUUUAGACCUUCUAGCAAAAAUAAGGCUUUGUGUGGAAAUUAGCAAUGCCCAAAAAAAAUAUAUUUGAAAAUAUUAUGUUUUAUUUAUUUAUGUUUUAAAUUAAUUAAUGAAGAUAAUUAUAUAUAUAUAUAUGUGAGGAAACUAAGUUUUUUUUUUGGUGCUAGUAAUCUCGAUUAUGAAUAUUACUAUACGGUCUCCAAAUUAUGAUUUAUGUGUAAUUUCUAUUGGGUGAUGAUUAUAUAGAUUGUUUUAUGGGUAUGUAAUCCUUAAUUCUAUGUAUAGUAGUGUAAAUUGAUAAGCCAUUUGGCUACCAAGUUAAACGGAAAAAACUAUUUGUACAAUUA